AUGGACCAACCCGCGCAACCGAACACGGCGGCUAUGCACAGCGUGCAGCGCCGCCGAGGCUCUGUCGGCACCACCCAGCUGUUCGACAACAUUGUUUCCACGUCCAACUUCGAUCGUGAGGAAGUGGAUCGCUUGCGCAAGCGUUUCAUGAAGCUUGACAAGGAUGCGUCAGGCACAAUUGACCGCGAGGAGUUCCUGUCGCUCCCCCAGAUCUCAUCAAACCCCCUGGCCACUAGAAUGAUUGCCAUUUUCGACGAGGACGGUGGCGGUGACGUUGAUUUCCAGGAAUUCGUGACUGGUCUCUCGGCUUUCAGCUCGAAGGGUAACAAGGAGGAGAAGCUGCGCUUCGCAUUCCGGGUCUACGACAUCGAUCGCGACGGAUACAUUUCCAACGGCGAGCUCUUCAUCGUCCUGAAGAUGAUGGUUGGCAACAAUUUGAAGGAUGUCCAGCUACAACAGAUUGUGGAUAAAACUAUCAUGGAAGCCGACAAGGAUGGUGAUGGCAAGAUCAGCUUUGAGGAAUUCACUCAGAUGGUAGAGAGCACGGACGUCAACCUGAGCAUGACCCUGAACUCAAUAUAA